UUUUUUUUUUUUUUUUGCAUUGAUUUGUUUAGAGCAAACAUGCAGUUUGGGAGGAAAAACAAACUUCUUUCCUUACACAUAGGAACAUUGAGAGUGAAUGUGAUACUUGAAUUGCUACCAGGAUAAAAAAGCAAAAUAAAAAGGUUGGGCACUACUAGUAGCAAAUGUCGUAGUGCUGUUUGAGCAUCUUGGAUCAUGCUGGGGGCCUGAGGUGGUUGACCAUCUCUGCAACAGAAUGCCAGUGACUUGUGCUGGAGCAGACUAACAGCCCUCAUUCCACACACCGGAGUGAACCAUUACAGAGCCACACUUGGCAAAACAGACGUCUGUGGUUCUGCCUUUACAGUUGCUUAUAGAAAGCACCAGAGGACAGAGAACCAAAUAGAACAGGUUUUUUUGUUUGUGUUUUGUUUUUGGAGACACAGUUUCUCUUGAGUAACAGUCCUGGCUGUCCUAGAACUCACUCUGUAGACCAGACUGUCCUCAAACUCACAGAGAUCUCUCUGCCUCCAGAGUGCUGGGAGUGAAGACCUGUACCACCACUGCCCGGCCACAACACGUUCUUUAAGGCAAAGAAAGGAUCAUGCUGGAUGUGCCCAGGGGUCACCAUUACAGUGGAAAUAGACCGUGGUUCUGUGGGCAAAGGGUCUGUAUACAGGGGCUAGAGGAACCAGUAAGUCUAGAUCUGAGGUCCUUAACGCUGCCUGCUGCCUGCUGCCUGCUUACUUUGACUUCUGUGCUGUGGUCUGCCCUAAACACAAAAGCUUGAUAAGGAAGAGGGUGUUGGAGGCUUGAGGUGCAUCAAGGUGGAAUUGUUGGAUUCUAGAGAGAAAGUCUUAAUUGACAGGAAGUUGAGGAAAGUAAGAGAUCUUGUGUCACCUGUGUCCAGGGCUGUCUACCUGAGAAAGCUGUUUUAUUCCAGCUCUACCCCGCUCAUCCGGCUUCCCAUAUCAUAUAGGUUGUGUCACCAGGAGCAUUGGAAGCAGUAGGUAUGCCCACUGGGGGAGCAACAUGGCAGUGCCAAUUUUAUUCAGAGAAGUUAUACAACAAAACAGCAAAUGGAUUUUUUUUUUCAUUAAUGCUCACAGGUAUGCUAGAAGUUUCACUAGACGUUAACACAUAUUUUAGUCAUCCAAGAAUCCCUCUGAAACAAACUGUGGAACUCACUCCUCUGGGAGCUCAUGAAGUCUCCAAACACCUGUUCUCACUUGUCCUCAGACAUGAUUUGGGAAGUGGUGUGUAGGGGACAGUGUAAGCCAUGCCUGCUAGAAGCUGGCUACAGGUGUGCCUGACCAUGCCUGUCAGGGAGUGGUCAAGGUGAGGUCAGGAUGACGCCUGACAGGGUUUUAAAGGGGCUGCAAGGCACAUGGGAGCCCCUUCUCUCUGGCCUCCCUGCCUUGCUGCCCCUGGCACGCUCUGGCUUGCGUUUGGCUGGUGUUUAUCUAAAUAAAGAUAUCUUAACCUUACAGGCUACGAAUCAUCUCGUAUCAGUGGUGAGCUUUUUUAUUGUAGUUACGUGUAUGUGUGUUUGCCUGCCUGGGUCUGUGUACAGCAUUAAUGCGGGAGACAGCAGGUGCCAGAAUUGGUCGUUGAAUACUGUGGAACUGUAAUUAGAAGCAAUUGUAAGCUGCCAUGUGGGUAUGGUACUGGGAACCAAACUAGGGUUCAUGGUUAAGAACAGUAAUGAAUAGCUCUUAACUGCUGAGCCUUCUUGAAAGUCUUGAUUUUUACACUUGUAAAUAUGGGGGAGGCCAAUUUUGUGAUACGAACUAUAUAUGAAAUUCAAAUUUAUGAGGCUGUUCCAUGUUGUGUUGAGUAUUUGGAGGUGGAUACUGUGGAGCCCUCAAAACCUGAACUAUUUCAUUCUGGACUUUUCAAAGAAAGUAUUUACGUAAAUCCUGGUCUAACGUAAAUCCUGAGUGGUGUUAGAAAUGUCAUGUGAAAUGCUUAUGCUCGUUAGAAUAAUGUAUAAGGUUAAAGAAUUUAACGUGUGUGUGUGUGUGUGUGUGUGUGUGUGUGUGUGUGUGUGUGUGUGUGUGCAGCUUUAAUCCCAGAAUUGUAAAAAGCUGAGGCAGAAGGAUCGCCAAAGUUCGAUGCUAAUGUGGACUAACUAGUGGGACCCCCCUUCUCAGAAACAAACUUAAGAUUGUCCCACAUGGCCUCCUCACUGAUAUCUGGUGAGGGGAGGCAGCCCGGGGCUCUUGGGGGUGCUCUAAAAGCUAGAUUGGUGGUGUGAGAAUUUUGAUAGCUGUCCUAGGAGCAAUUUUGUGACUCGUGUGCCUCCUGGUGGAUUGUUAUAGGAUUUACUUUAAAAUUCAAAGUAGAUAAUCCAUCAAGGGUUCCCAUGGCAUAUGUCCCAGCUUCAGGGACAGCUUACACCUGUGCAAGAGGCUGUGGGGACCAGUUAUAUGCCGUCCAAGUACGAGAUUUGACUGGGCAGUGAUGCCCUCCGUGAGUCUUCCUGUGAUGCUACACGUCUGUUGUCCAGGAGGUUCCUCUUGAGAACCCCUUUCCCAAGGGCCCCAGGUUGGAUAAAACAGAGGGCGGGGAAGGAGGAUAAGCGUCAGUAGCCAAUGGGUACUCGGCGCCAUGCCCAGCCAAUAGGGGCAGUCGCUUGGGGCUUAGCCAAUCGGGCUCUACGAGGAGACCUGAGUCAGCGCGUGCGCCGGUCGCCCUUUGGUGACAGCCAUUGUGCGACAACUUGGGGAAGCCAUGGGACGGCAGUGGGGGCCCUCCAUGAAGGUGGCAGAGCAGGCGGGCUGCGUGGUGAGCGCCUCGCGGGCCGGGCAGCCCGACGCAGGCUCGUGGAGUUGCAGCGGGGUGAUCCUGAGCCGCAGCCCAGGCCUUGUGCUGUGCCACGGGGGCAUCUUCACCCCCUUCCUGCGGACGGGCAGCACGGCGCUGACCCAAACGGGUGCCACCUUCCUGCCCGGUGACAGUUGCAGCGAUGACGAAUGUGGCAAUCUGGGGUCGAGUGGUGUUCGCCACUCAGGAGACCUCUCCAUAUGACAUAGCAGUGGUGAGCCUGGAAGAGGACCUGAAUGGUGUUCCCAUGCCUGUCCCCGCUGAGCACUUCCAUGAAGGCGAGCCUGUCAGUGUGGUGGGCUUUGGUGUUUUUGGUCAGGCCUGCGGACCCUCGGUGACCUCAGGCAUCCUAUCAGCUGUGGUACAUGUGGAUGACACCCCGGUGAUGUUACAGACCACGUGUGCCGUGCAUGGUGGCUCCAGCGGAGGACCCCUCUUCUCCACACGUUCAGGGGACCUCUUGGGCAUCAUUGCCAGCAACACUCGGGACAACAACACGGGUGCCACUUACCCACACCUGAACUUCAGCAUUCCCAUAACGGUGCUCCAACCAGCCUUGAAGCAGUAUAGUCAGACUGGUGACCUGUGUGGCCUCCAAGAGCUGGACCUUGCCACUGAACCAGUCAAAGUGGUGUGGCGGCUGCAGCGGCCCCUGCCUGAAGCCCCACGAAGCAAGCUCUGAGACUGUCCCUCUUUUGGGACAAGGUGGACCACUUUAUGACUGAGAAGUGCAUUGAUGUGGCAACUUUGACAUGUCAGUCACAUGCCAGGGCACAGCCCAUCUCUUCACCCAUGGACUGUCCAGGAACGAAUGCAGCUCUGUGGGUCUCUGAUCUGGGGUGCUUGAGCCUGUCUCAUCUGUUUCCCAGAUCUAGGCUCAGCAUUGUCAUUGUUCCUCCUAGGGAUUCUCGUCCAUUGGGCAGAUCUACUGGAAGGGCAGCUGAGCCUCACCCCCCAUCCCCCAGUUCAGAAUCUUUCUCCCUGACUUCCCAUGGCCACCUGAAGUAGCUAUAACUAGGGCUCUUGCCUGAUACUCUACUCAGAAGGUAGAGGACCCUGCUUGGAAGUCCAGAGUCCCUCUGGCCGUUAACAGGCCUGUUUUCCCAUUGCCACAUUGAUAUACGGGCAAAUAACCCAAAGCCACCUGCCUUCAUUAUGACAUAGUGCCUUAAUUUACUAGCCCAGAGCCUGAGACUUGGGGUCUUGUGGGUGGUAGGUGUUGUGGGAGCUGGGGAAUAAACAGUCUGAAUGGCCUCAUUUUGUAUACUGGCUGCUUUUCCUUAAAAGCACAGUGGGGAUCAGGUCAGCACCUGGCAAGGAAACACGCUCCUUUGCUUUACUUUGCUUCCCAGCAGAUUUCAUCUCCCUGUGCCUUGUCUGCCAGCCACCCGGGACAUGGAAAGGGUCUUGGGAAGUACUGGUCUGGCUUGGUGUGGCAGUGGAUGUGUGCAGAAUGCCCUCCGUGUGCAGAGGUCCAGAAUAGGCCCUAGGGGGUCAAAAGUGAAUGAGGAGGGCUGAGGGUAUGGCCUGGGGUUGGAUCACUUGCCCUGGUAUGUUGAACUUGUAACACACAUGUAAA